AUGACCAGCACCAGCGCCGACUUCGAACUGUCCGAGCUGCAGAAGUACUAUCACCUGCCGCUCCGGGAAGCUGCGCGCCGUCUCGGCAGCUGUGAAGCCGUAGUCAAGCGAGUAUGCCGCAGGAAGCAGAUCCAGCGGUGGCCGUACCGGCAGGUGUCGUCCAAGCUCAUCAAGAUCCAGCACCUGUGCAAGUACAUGGCCCACGUAUCGGAUGCCGAGCAGAAGGCUCGCAUCCAGCAGAAGAUCAAACAGCUCACGCAGGAGUAUCUGGAGCUCGUCGGCGGUCAGGUGCCGUCCGAGCUGCAGCUCACACCGGCCGACGUGCCGACACUGCCGCCGCCGAGCUACAAGGCCAACGCUCCGAUCGACCCGGCCGUGCUGGCCGCUGCAUCCGACGACGACGCGGGUCAAGAGGAGGACGAAGACAUGGACGACGUGGCCGAGCCGUCUGGCGAACGACGGCUGUCGGCCUACUCGCUGCGCUUCAUCCUGUCCGACUGCACCGUGCUCGAGACCGACACAGGUCUCCAGUACAGCACCACCACAUAG